UUGGAAAAUAUCGUUUCCAUGACAGGUGACGCAGACGGGGUUGCGCAAACCAGUCGAACACGGUCUCGAUUGGGAUGGUAAGUUUGGAACGACGUCAUCAUUCUCUUUCACAACGCUGAAACUGCGAUGUGAAGCUUGUGCUGUCGACGCAGAAGGCGGAAGUGCGAUGGAGCUCAGCCAAGGUGUCAUGGCUGCCAGGUCGCUAGAAUUGUCCAGCAAGCACUGCGCUGCACUGCUUGCCAUCGAGAGAAAACGAGGUCAACCUGACAAGCAAGCCGAUAGUAUCCAGAUCGUGAACGAUACGGAUCAGAUUGUGCACGAGUAUCAAGACUGUUCUGCUACUGCAUUUCUUGAGUCUGAGAGGACGAGGGCAGCCGCACCUCGGUCAGAAGACACUAUUGCAGAGUAUGCCAAUUCAAGAUGGAACCCAACGAUAUCGACUGUAUGGGAUCUGAACUUUCCGAUGAAUUCUUCUGUAGCCUCUCAGACUCAAGCUUUUGCAGACAGUGGUGGUGUUGCUUUCCCCUCUUCAACCUGGAACGAUCGAACGUACCAAGAAAAUGCUUCAUCAUCAAGUACGUCGACCUGCUCAACUCUGCCUCAUCGAGCCGUCACUGGCGUGGUGCCAUUGGAAACCGAUACUGUUCCUGUAUCACAGGCCGAACAAUCUCGGCUCCUCAGCGCCUAUCUUCAAGAAACGGGCGCAUGGUGUGAGGCUACAGAUUCUAGCAGACAUUUCACGGUAUCAUACGUUCAUAAGCUCAUUGAAAACCAGCCGUUUGCAGGCGCAGCGAUGGCUUUAGCGUCAAGGCAACUUGACGCCCUUCGUAACGACAAGCGUCAGACUACACUGAGCCUAUAUCAGCACGCCGUGCAAUCCCUACUUCAUUAUGAACCAUCACAGUGUGGUCAAGCCACACUAGCUACUUGUAUCCUGCUGAGUGUCUACGAAAUGAUGGCUUCUAACGUCAGUGACGGAAGACGUCAUCUACAAGGCUGUGUCUUCAAUUUGACCAACAAAGGUUGGAAUGGCUCUAGCCCAGGACUAGUCAACGCCUGUUUCUGGGCUUUCGCGCGUAUAGACGUGUCAGCAGCUUUUGUUCUUAAAGAGCAGACUUUGGUGCCAACCGACGAUUGGAUUGACGACUGCAAUGCAUGGUCAAUUGCAGCUACUCUAAACACCGACGCGUACUGCAAUCUUGCUACUCUUAUCUUUGCGAAGAUAACUAAUAUGAUCGCAAAAGAUCACAACAACUGUCAGUCUGACGUGCAAGAACUGUGGAGCGAACUCCAGGACUGGCGACAAUACCGUCCAACGCAGGUACUACCUCUCAUCAGAACGGAAGCACACCAAAGGAGCCCGUUCCCGAUCGUUGUGCACACUGACAGCUCAUCGGUAUGCGGGAACAUAUUCUACCACGCCGGUGCCAUUUUGUUACUACAGACGAAACACGUAUGUUGUGACGAAGCGGAGACCGGAGCUGACGUGCACAAUACUAUCUGGCACGCAAGAGAGCUAUGCGGUAUUAGCACAACAAAUGCAUCGCACUCAAGUUGGGUGAACCAGGUACAGCUUCUUUACAUCGCUGGGCAAGCAUUUGGUUGUGGUUCAGGUAUGCAGCAGAAUGUCUCACGGCUACCAGAUGAGAGCGACGGUGCAGACGUGUGUUAUGCAGCUGAGAAGCUUGCAAUUUUGAAGCACCUCGCAAAGAUAGAACGUGAGACUGGGUGGAAAACGUCUAAUAGAGCUGCGGACUUGAGGAGGCUCUGGGAACUCGAGUGACCGUAUACAGCGUUCUUAGAGUAUCGAACAGGCAAAGAACCAGACUUUUCAUAUGGCAGGCAAGAAAAAUAUAAUACACAGAGAAAGGCAAGAACGAUGCUUGUGCAUUGAUUCGACUCUGAAGUUGCAUUCAAUUCCGGCAUUCCCAAGGUAUCACAGCAAGAAUACGUUGUGCUUUCAAAGAAAUUUUCGGCUCCCUUAUUUCACAGCAAUACGUACCUUGCCGAUGUGCUGACUAGAUAACAGGUACUCCAAGGCUGCAAAAAC